AUUGCAGAUUUGUACAUUGCAGGUCAACAAGCCAUAUCUUCCUUUAGCAUCAGGAGAAUAUUCUUUCAAAACUGGUGUGCUGAUUGUUGCAUCCUUUUCCAUCAUGAGUUUUUGGCUUGGAUGGGUUGUUGGUUCAUGGCCGCUGUUUUGGGCUCUUUUCAUCAGUUUUGUACUAGGAACUGCAUAUUCAAUCAAUUUGCCACUGUUGAGAUGGAAAAGGUUUGCAGUGGUUGCAGCUAUGUGCAUCCUAGCAGUUCGAGCAGUAAUAGUUCAACUUGCUUUUUAUCUUCACAUGCAGACCCAUGUGUACGGAAGACCAGCUGUGUUUUCGAGGCCUCUAAUCUUUGCAACUGCAUUCAUGAGCUUCUUCUCAGUUGUUAUAGCAUUAUUUAAGGAUAUACCUGAUAUUGAAGGAGAUAAAAUAUUUGGAAUUCGAUCUUUUACAGUACGUUUGGGUCAAGAGCGGGUGUUUUGGACUUGUAUCUCUCUACUACAAAUGGCUUAUGGUGUUGCCAUUUUAGUUGGAGCGACAUCUUCCUUCGUUUGGAGCAAAAUCAUCACUGUUUUGGGUCAUGGCAUGUUGGCUUCAAUACUAUGGAACCGUGCCAAAUCUGUCGAUUUAAAGAGCAAAACUGCAAUAACUUCCUGUUAUAUGUUCGUCUGGAAGCUGUUCUAUGCAGAGUAUUUGCUGAUACCACUUGUGAGAUGAGUGUAAAGAGCAGGAGCAGAGUAACUUGCAAGCAAAGGGCUUGUUAUUAAUGUGUAUGUAAUUUCUGUUCCUGAGUGCUGACUCCAUUUUUGGGUAUGACCGCCAAUGAGGCAUCAAUAAUUUCUAUGCUCUUGAUCAUCAUAACAAUAUUUACCUCAUUGGGUGCGUAUUACGUAUUUACCAAGCUACCCCUUUGGUCUUAUGCGUGUGUAACUCAAUAAUGAGUUCAUUGAUAUACUUUAUGUCACAUGAUCUUUAAAAGUUGAGGAAAGUUUCAGUCAACAUUUACUUUGGAGACAAUCUUUUAUUGAA